AUGUUUUUGUUUUUCUUAUCUUCUGCAAACUGUGGACGCUCACCAACUUGUGAAGCCCCACUAACAUUUGCAGAACCUAUUAACAAUGCAAAAUUGCUUCAAAUACAGUUAUUACUUCGUCACGGAGAAAGAACUCCAGGAGGAAAUCAUUUUCCUGGUUUCGAUACAGGAGAAUGGCACUGUGAUGAAAAUUCCUCAAUAGCUCCAAGAUACCAUCCAGCCCCUGCUUGGCAUCCAAGAGAUUAUUACGAACAUUUCGAUUCAAGACUUAUGGCAUAUCCACCAUCUUGCAGGCCAGAAGACUUAACUACUUAUGGUAUGCAGCAGCAUUUUGAAUUAGGUAAAGCAGUAAAGGAACAUUAUUCAAAGAAUGAAGGUUUUAUGCCAGAAAAUGCUAAUCCAGAGACAACUUAUGCCCGUGCAACUGAACUAGACAGAACAGUCAAGUCUGCUGUCUCAUUCCUUCAAGGAAUGUACCCUCCAACUUCUCCAAAUGAAGUUGUUCCUUUAAUUACCGAUACUCCUGAAGCAGGCAUCCUCCAUCCCGAUGAUGAAUGGUGCAAGGAGCUCCAAGGCAUGGAAGAGGAAUUUUUCGCCCAACAAUUCGUUCAAGAUUACUACAAGAACUUUUCCGCAAAAUACAAGAAGCUUUUCGUUGAUCACAGAAUGAAAUUCAACCUCAAGCAAGUCAAGAAGUACUCCUCGUUCAUCAGUUUGGCUUCUUGCAGUGAACAUAACCUUCCAGAUUGGAUUACAGACGAAUUGAUUGAUGAUUGCAAGAAAUACCUCUCAUUCUAUAACUACAACAAGAACAACAUGGACAAAUACCGUGGUGUUGGUGCUGCUCCUCUUUUCAGAGAAAUGUUCAGAAUUGCUGACCAAAGAGUUUCAUUACAGAACAAAUACAAGAUUGUUUUGCUCUCUUCUCAUGAUGGCGCACUCCUCGCUGUACUUUCUACCUUCAAAUUCACUGAAUUAUACGGUCCAACAGUCAGAUCUCACUUAAUCCUCGAACUUUGGGACAGAAAUGGUCAGAUCUGGGCCAGAUUUGUCUUCAACGGAAAGCCACUUGUAAUUGACUUCGUUAAACAAGAGGCAGACACAGGUUUGUUCUUAUAUAGCAACUUCAAGAUUCAGAUGGCAAGACUUGGCUAUAUCAAUCAUUGUUAUGUACCUGAGUGGGAAAAAUAA